AUCAAUCCUCCACCUCACCUUCACCACUUCCCUCGCCCGUUGCGUCUCGCCGCCCUCAACUGCUGCUUUCGUCGAGACCUACACAUCAUGACCACUCUUGUCGGAAAGUUGCAAAUUGGAAUGGCUCAUUCCGCCAUGCGAAGAGUGUGUAUGCUUUGGGCUUAUCAAAGUUUUAGUCCAGCUGAGCGUAUUUCUAUAAGGAUAUCCAUCGAGGUUUAAUUUUGGGACUUCAUGACGAGGAUGAUUCUGCCUAGUGGAGCGUGAGGUGAGGCUUGGGAGUGGAAGGUGGAUUCAGCAAAGGUGUAUCUUUUUUCUUGCUUGUGAAAAAUUGAUCGCUGGGCCUUCGUGCAUUGCAUGUGGAUCGGUUUGCGGACGCUGCUCCGACUAAGUUUGUGCGAGCAUUUUUCUUCGAAAGCAUAUUUGGUGCAUGAACGAAGUCUUGGUAACCAAUGUUGUAGUUUCAGAAGGAAUCCCUUGGGUUUGGAGUAUGUUUCACUUGGAUGGUGAAUUUCUGCAAAUGAUGGGGCAACGUAGACUUAUCGUUUCGGGUUGACAAAAAAUUCGGCAAGUUUUACGUCGUUGAGGUUCGAUUGUUAAGGAAAUAGUUCGAUACAAGAUUGUUGUUUAGUAGACGAUGGGAAGACUGUCGAAGACUGUCGAUGAAUUUUAGUGAGGUUGUGAUGGGAAGGCUGUGUAUUAUUGAGGCCAUGUUUUAAGCUACUGUGAUGGUUCGAGGUAGCUGUGCUUCGUUUGCGUAAAGCUGUAAUAAUCACGGAGAGAGUUGGUGUGAACACUAAAUGCUUCUCCAGCGAUUUCAGGACAUGUCUACGAAGAGUGAUGAGAGUUACAGAGUUUAGAAGUUGGUUUGAGUAUGUAAAUCUACACUAAAGAAAUGGAGACCAUCAACCCUGCUUAGAUAGCAUGAUCUGGAAACGAGCACGAUGAAGAAAAUUUAUCCGCUAUUUCAUAUCUUAACAGAGAUUGUACAGUAUUUCUUUUUUCUAUGUGGAUGUGCAAUACUCGCUGCUUUGUCUUCUUAAAAUCUUAUGUUUUUCUCGAUUGCAGAGUGGCCGCUUGAAUUUCAAAAUUCAGUGUUUCUGAAUGAUAGGGUUUAGGGCUUAGCAAGGAUCAAAGCUCAGGGCAAUGGUGGAGCAUUCUCUAAAUGCAAGAAUCCUUGAUGGUCCUAGCAAAAUUUUCUUGCCUUAUUUGGCCGCAGGAGGAUUACUUGACGCCUUCUUUUUAUGUUAAGCACUUAUUCGACAAUAUCAAAAGCGCUUUUUUCCAAGAAAAGACUGAGUUUACAGUUACAAUGGUCUGAUCUGGGCAGCCAUCAAGUGAAGAGACUCAAGAAUUUUUGGCUCCAUGGGCCAGGAAUUUUAUAAUGAUAAUGUGGACGACGAGGAGGUCGUCCACAGUCGCUUGCAAUCAACUCCCCAGGCCAUCAAUCCUGGCGCUGCCCUUGGAAGAUCCCCAUCCUCUUCCUUCAAUGCUUCUUAUUGGCCACAGAGUUAUGGACGAUCCAUGGAGCUAUACUCUCGAUCAACUUCUCGUCGGAGCUUUGGCCUGACUCGAUCCGUCCGAGUCGAGAGCACUAAUGAUGAUCUAGACACUACUUCUAGUGGCCAUUUUGCUGGUGUAUUGGAGAGGGCAAAGGUUGAUUUGAAGGAGCCACUGCUUCGAGAUCCUGGACGCUUUGAUUUAGACAAUGCUGAGAAAUAUUUAAUCAAUGAGGAGGAUGGGUUCCAAACGACCCAAGGUUCCAGCAAGUCUCAUGUUACCAGUGAAAAGGAACUUGGGCUUCAUGAUGAUGACGAUCAUGUGCAAGGAAUUUCUUUUCUUCAGGCUUUAUUUAAUGGAAUGAAUAUCCUUGCAGGUGUGGGUAUUCUGUCAACUCCUUAUGCUGCUGCUAACGGAGGCUGGUUAGGUCUCGGCUUCCUUCUGAUGUUUGCAGUUGUUAUGUGCUAUACUGGAAUUCUACUUCGCCAGUGCUUAGAUUCUGAUCCAUACAUUACAAGCUUUCCUGAUAUCGGAGAGGCUUCUUUUGGGAAGUGGGGACGAUGGAUCAUUUCGAUUAUGUUAUACCUGGAGCUUUAUGCUGUCUCUAUCGAAUUUCUUAUCUUGGAAGGCGACAACCUGGCUCAGCUCUUUCCAAACGUUACCCUCACUAUUGGGGGCAGAGUUUUUCCACCUCAAGAGAUAUUUACAGUGUGUGCGGCCUUGAUCAUGUUACCGACUGUCUGGUUCCGUGAGCUGCGUUUCUUGUCGUAUGUAUCUGCUGGGGGUGUCUUCGCAUCUUUGUUGGUGGUGUUGGCAGUCGGCUGGGUUGGGGUUGUUGACGGCGUUGGCUUUCACCAUCGAGGCUCUUUUGUGCAUUUGGAUGGACUGCCCUUGGCAGUGGGCCUUUAUUCCUUCUGCUAUUGUGGACACUCGGUUUUUCCGAGCAUCUACAGUUCAAUGCAAGACCGCAAACAAUUCUCACAUAUUUUGGUGAUUUGUUUCGUCCUGUCCUCCUUCAUGUAUGGAGGGGUAGCCAUUAUGGGUUACAUGAUGUUUGGCGAUGACGUACAAUCUCAAGUAACUCUGAAUUUACCAAGGGAGUUGCCAGCUUCGCACGUAGCAAUCUGGGUAACACUAAUAAGUCCUUUGGCCAAAUACGCCCUUACUCUGAUGCCGUUGGCAUUUGCGCUGGAGGAGUUACUACCUCAAUCUUUGACAACAUCAAGAAAGGGAAUAAUGUUGUGGAGUACAGUAUUGAGAACCCUCCUGGUUACCAGCACUGUAAUUGUGUCUCUCACACUGCCCUUUUUUGGCCUGCUCAUGGCUUUUAUCGGCUCAUUUCUAAGUGUUGCUGUAUCCGUCCACGUACCUUGCAUAUGCUACUUGAGAAUCUACAAAGGGCGGGUGUUAAGACGAGAGGUGUUUAUUAUUGUGCUCAUAAUAACCCUGGGACUUUUGGCUGGGUUUUUUGGCACAUAUUACUCCGUUAAAGGAAUUUUGGAAAUCUCUUGAUAGUGUCAGUACUCUGGCUCAUUAGCUUAGUCCACUAGAGAAUCCCUGCGUACAGCGCCUGUGUAACGUUGAGUAGAACCCACAUCAUCUUUGGCUAAUACCUCUGAAAGGGAGUACUGAGCGCCACUCAAAACCUCCACAGAAUGGUGUGGUCUUGUUCAUGUUUUGGAAGCAUAUUGCCUGCGGCUUUGACUUCUUUUUCCUUUAUUGAAAAAUAUGAUUCUUCUCAUCGGAAGUGUUUUUACUUCUGACAACUGUUUCAA